AUGCCGCCACUCUACAGUCUUCUUUGCAAGUUAGUAUUGGACAUAGAUAGACAAAACAAAUACUGCUUAUACUUUAAAAACUUGGUGGAACAAGCUAAGAAACUUAGGGAGGACCACAAGAAAAGAAAUGAUCUUCUUCAUUGUUUAUUGGAUGCCCAUAAAGAAACAGAUCUUAGUGAAACUGAACAGCUUUUAGAGUAUAAAGUCAAUAGGGAACAGUGGAAAAAGAAAGGACUAACAACCGAAGAAGUAAAUGGGAACUUCAUCAUGUUUAUCUUUGCUGGAUAUGAAACCACUUCUACAGUUUUGACUUUUACUGCGUAUUGCUUAGCAACAAAUCCGGAAUAUCAAGACAAAUUGAUUCCUGAAUUAGACACUUCUAUUGGACAGCAUCAGUUUGGUUCAAAUGCAAAGGAUACACCUGAUUAUGACAACAUUCAGAAGCUGGAGUAUCUAGACUAUGUUAUAAAGGAGAGCAUUCCGAGAAACUCAUCAGGAAAUGGAAAUAUCAGGUCUGUCUCCAUAUUUGCUCUACACAGAAGUCCAAAGUACUGGGAAGAACCCGAGAAAUAUAACCUUGACAGAUUUUUGGCAAAGAACAAGUCUAACUUGACUCCAUAUAUGUUCCUUCCGUUCGGACUUGGACCAAGAAGCUGCAUAGCGAUGCGCCUAUCUUACUUGGAAGCUAAAUGUGCCUUAGUCACCAUUCUUCAAAAAUACAAGUUCUUAUCAUGUGAUAAGACUGAGAUUCCCUUGAAAAUUGAUUUCAGAGUCCUUCUGAAGCCGAAAAACAGACUCUUCCUGAAGAUGGAGGAACGCAAGCUCUCUUGA